CAAUUAUUGAGGAAGAAAAUUUUAUAAAAGAAAAACUGGAGGUAGAGAAAAAAAAGGGGAAAAGACAGAAAGUGCACUUCAGAAGAAGCCAGUUUGGCUUGUGCUUUGGUCUCUUGUACGUGCCAUCUUCAAACACAUCCUUUUCCUCAUCCGCAUUCCAAUCUCUUCUCUCUCUCUUUCUCUCUUUCUAUCUCUCUCCCUUCACACACUCACAAACUCAAACUUCCUCAAGUAGGUCAUGCUUCAUCUUUCGUGUUUGAUGCUUGCUGCUUGAUGCUUCAUGCUUUUCAUGUUAGAUGCUACUUACCAACAACAACUUCUCAAGGCAAAGGCAAUCCUUCUCGGGAUCCAUUCACCUUUCUCAGCUUUUUCCUCUUUCUCUCUCUCUUUCACUCUUGGUGGUUUUCUCAAGAAUUUCUUAAAAGUUUGAAGAAUAGAGAAAGCUAUAUAAGUUUCUGGUGGUGGAAGAAAACAUGUCUAAUUUGACUUCUGCAUCGAGUGAAAUAAGUGCUUCUUCAGGAAUCAGAAAUGACAAUGGUUUUUUCCAUGCUCACCAAUACUCCUCUACUUCAAUAAAUCAAGAACCACAACCAAAAAAGAAGAGAAGUCUUCCAGGCCAUCCAGACCCUGAUGCAGAAGUGAUAGCAUUGACUCCAGAGACCCUAUUGGCAACAAACAGGUUUGUGUGUGAGAUUUGUCAGAAAGGGUUUCAAAGGGAUCAGAAUCUGCAGCUUCACAGAAGAGGGCACAAUCUGCCAUGGAAGCUAAAGAAGAAGAACAGCAAAGAGGUGAGAAAGAAAGUGUAUGUUUGUCCAGAGGCAACAUGUGUUCACCAUGACCCUUCGAGGGCCCUUGGGGACCUCACUGGAAUCAAGAAGCACUUUUUCAGGAAGCAUGGAGAGAAGAAAUGGAAGUGUGAGAAGUGCUCCAAACGCUAUGCAGUUCAAUCUGAUUGGAAAGCUCACUCCAAAAUCUGUGGCACCAGGGAAUACAAAUGUGACUGUGGUACCCUUUUCUCUAGAAGAGACAGCUUUAUCACUCACAGAGCCUUCUGUGAUGCCUUAGCACAAGAAAGUGGAAGAGCAGUGAACCCUCACUCUCUAUUAUCAUCUCAGUCCCAAUUUCGAAGCCAUGGGCUUCAACUUGAAGCAGCAACAUCACUGGUGAUGAAAAGAGAACAAGAUUUCAACCUAUUAGGUCAAGAAAUUCCAUCAUGGUUAUCUUCUCCAACAGUGUUGGAAGAAUCAAUGCACAGUCAAACACUGAGAACCACCUUAGACUUCACAACACCACAGUUGUUUCCCACACAUGCGAACCACUCAUUGUUCCACCAUGAUCAAAACCCUAGCCCUACUACUACUACUUCUACAACAACAGCUUCAACACCCACUUUUCUUCCUUCUUUGAGUUCCUUCCAUUAUUCCACCACUUCUCCUCACAUGUCAGCCACUGCUUUGUUGCAAAAAGCCUCACAGAUUGGCGUAACAGUGAGUGCAGCACCUUCACAAGCGAUGAUAGUGAGACCCCACUUGUUUCUGCAGCAGGUUCACGUGCCUGAAUGUACAACAACAACUACUACUACAACAGGGUAUAAUAAUAUGGCUUCAUCUUCACCCGUUUCUGGAAUGCUUAUGGCUAUACCUUCACGUGAACAAAUAGGGACUCAUGGAUUUGCUCGUGGCUUGGCAUCUUGAGGGAAUAAAGCUGCAAUGCUCUCUGAUUACUUGGAAGAAGGUGCUGCUGCCAAGUUGCAGAAGCUAGCUAGUGCUGAAUAAUGCUGAUAUAUAUAUAUAUAUAUAUCAUCAAGCAUCUUCUCUCUUUUCCAUGAUAUGAUUGAUGGCUACGAGAUAGUAUAAUUGUACUACUGUGUCCUCUGCUAUUAGAGGCAUGUCUAUUGCACCAACAGAUAAUGUGUGUUAACUUUCAGGAACUUGUUUCAAAACCAACAGAAUAUCCCAGUUUGCUUAUAAAAACAAAAAGGGUACUGCACUAGCCACUACCUUCCAACCAGUCUUCUGAAUUGUAAUUCUUUAUCUACAUCAUUUCAUCACUUCAUACAUUGCAGAAAAUUGCGAACAAAAAUGAUGUUCAAAUGAGUUUUGUUGAGACUUAAUGGAGCAUUUUC